GCAGCGGCAGCAGUCUCCUCCUCCCUGUGUCCUGGCCGGCAGCAGAUAUUUUGCAGCGUUCUAGCGAUGGAGCGGACACACAGUGACCCCAGCACUGCAUAGUGGCCGCCGCGCUACAGCUGCUCCAGCGCCCCCAACACACACCCGCCGCCGCUGCUGUUGGGAGGGAUGCAGGAGGGCGAGGAGCAGCAGCAGGAGGAAAGGCUGAAUGAGUCUGUGGACAAGCCCAAUGCUGUAGUUGAGGAGGGCGCAGGGGCAGCUAUACACGGAGGUACCAGGACUGACUCAGACAGUGUCCAGAGCAACGAUACACCAAGCCCACCGACCUGCAAGAUCUGCUUCCAAGGUCCAGAGCAGGGUGAAUUGCUAAAUCCAUGUCGAUGUGAUGGAUCAGUGAGAUACACACAUCAGCUCUGCCUUUUAAAAUGGAUUAGUGAAAGAGGCUCAUGGACCUGUGAACUUUGUUGCUAUAGAUACCAAGUCAUAGCAAUAAGAAUGAAGAGACCAUGUCAGUGGCAGUGCAUAACUGUUACUCUGGUUGAGAAAGUACAAAUGAUUGCUGUGAUCCUUGGAUCUCUUUUCCUUAUAUCAAGUGUUACAUGGCUUCUAUGGUCAGCAUUUAGCCCACAAGCAGUAUGGCAAAGAAAAGACAUCCUUUUUCAAAUUUGUUACGGAAUGUAUGGGUUCAUGGAUCUUGUUUGCAUAGGUUUAAUAGUCCAUGAAGGAGCAGCUGUGUAUACAGUUUUCAAAAGAUGGAGAGCUGUGAAUCUGGACUGGGAUGUUUUGAAUUAUGACAAAGCAACAGAUAUAGAAGAAAGCAGUAAUGCUGUGCCUUCAACAAGUAGGACAUUGUGGUUGCCAUUGACUGCAUUCAGAUCAAGAACCUUGGUCCAUCCUACACAGUUAAGCUCUCCCAGAUUGCAGUGUGGUUAUGUACUGCUACAUUUGUUUAGUCAGAUGAGGCCUCCACAGGAAGACUCCCCCGAGGACACUCAUUCUGGUGAAGUAGUAAUGAGAGUAACUUCUGUAUAAAGAAUAUGAUCUCUCUGCUAGAAAGAGAAUAACAGAUGUUGUCCAUUAAUGGAUGGUAUUUUGGAACGUUGGUGAAAUUAGCCCAAAGCACUUUUAAAUUAUUUAAAUAUAAAUUCAAACUUUUUUAACUUAAUUCUUUUUUAUAACUGUUCUACUGAAAUGCAAUUUUCUGAUUAAAAUGUAUUUUUCACAA